AUGUCGUCCUUUUCUGCUGUACCCGUCUUAGAUUUUUCCUUAUCAAGGGAUGAAAGUACCAAACCAGCCUUCCUGGACGAGCUGAGGCGAACAUUGCUCGAGGUUGGAUUCCUCUACAUCAAGAAUACGGGGAUUGAUGAAGACCUCGUGGAAGAGGUCAUCAGGCUCGGAAAGGCUUUCUUUGACUUGCCCGAGAGCGAGAAGUUGAGACUUGAGAUGAAGAAUUCUCCUCACUUUUUAGGUUACAGCCGGCUUGGAAAUGAAAUUACCAAACAUGCCACGGACUGGCGCGAACAAAUCGACCUCGCAACCGAGCUCCCUGCCCCCGCUCCCGAUGAGCCUAGAUACCGCAUGCUCCGCGGCCCAAAUCAUUGGCCUAAAGAGGAGCUGUUGCCCGGUUUUCGAAAAACCUUUACAGAAUACAUGGAUCAAAUGGCUAAACUUUCAACAAACUUUACCAGCCUUGUUGCCGAGGCUAUUGGAUUGCCAGCCGAUUCCUUUGAAAAAUAUUUUGAUGCAUCAGAAGAAAGCGCUUCCGGGACAAAGAGGCAGGAUAAGAUGAAAAUCGUCAAAUACCCUGAUUUGGGAGAGCUAGGCGAGCAAGCGGCGGGGAGCCAAGGAGGUGAGGAAACUGGCCUAUCUGCGUUUAUCUCCUAUCUUCUUCAGGCAACAGACCACAAGGGUCUUCAGGUUCAGAACUAUAGAGGAGAUUGGGUAGAUUGUGUUCCCAUAAAGGGGACAUUUGUUGUUGCAAUAGGACGAGGCCUCGAGGCCAUGACCGACGGCGUUUGUAUAUCAACAGCUCAUCGUGUUAUUUCCCCGUCUGCCGGCUCAGGACCGAGAUUCUCGAUACCCUUCUUCCAAGGGGUGUCGUAUGACGCUACUUUUGAAAGCAUGGACGUUCCGGAAGGGGUUAAGGCUUUGAAACAGGAAAUAGUGCGAAAGGAAGGAGGUUGGAAGGAUGAGGCAGAAAUGACAUUUAAGAAAGGUAGUUGUUUCAAACAUCUUGGAGAAGCAACUAUGAUGAAUCGAGUCAGGUCACAUCCGGAUGUGGGGGAAAGAUAUUACCCGGACCUCUUAAGGGUCGUCCAAGAACAGGAGAAGGCAGGGAAGAAGCAGUCAGUAGAUAAGCCAGGGAACGGAAACCCACUUGGUGUUCCUACAACCACAGUCACCACUACUGAGGGCGCAACUGAUGGUGCUCCUACCACCUCACCAAUCAGAGGGCGAGGCCGGGCACCUACGAUUGUAGUAGAGCUGACCCCCAGCGAUCAGCCAACUUAUGGAGAGGACCCAGGCCCCGACGGAAGUAUGGAAAGGAAGGAAGCAUUCGAAAUGAGAAAGGCUGACGCUGCUCCUGACGUUGUUCGAGUCAUUGAGCGGUAG